CUUGUCGAGUAUUUGGCCAGCUGUUUGCAUGACUGGUCAUAAAAAACACUUGGAUCCAUCAAUGUUGGUGUAUCAAUGUCUACAGAGACAAAACCAUGUUUGACAAAAUCCUUCUACUUCCAUAUUUCAUUAAAAUAGUUUUCCCAGAAUUCGCCGAUGCACAGAAUAUCGCUAUAGAUGUCCCCCGUAAGACGAUAAUCCACGGAGAGGAGGAUCUAGUAGUGGCGUGCUCACUCCUACGAUACAAUGCUUUACUUAAGGUGGAAUACAUCCAACUCUUCAAAAACACCUCACAAGGCCAGGAAGAACUGAUAGCCACCGUAUCAGAUGAGGUACAAAGCCCUGUCACCAGGUCUGACGUCCGUAUCAGUGGCUGGAUCCGCCCCUUAUGGUCGGCAAACCUUAACUUCACCAUAGCAAGAGAAUUUGUAGACUGUCUUGGGGAUAGUGCGGGGUAUGUGUGUUCGUUGAAAGGAACAGAUCAGCUGUUUAACCCGGUCCAGCAGCGUACCAAGGCAGUGCCAGUCUUUAUUGCAGUGAAAUGCAGUGCAGAAGACGCUACUGUUUGUAAAUUUCACGAUGAAACAAACGCAAAUGUGGUCGUAAUAGGCAUCACAGUUGCUAUAGUGAUAGUUAUCAUGGGCGCUGGUGUGAAUUUUGCGAUCUGGAGAAAAUACCAUAGUGUUCUAAAUAGGCAUUUAGUUCAUACUGAAAGAAGACAGAGUCAGUUAGAGGAAGCACAAAGACAAGAUUUUGAGUCCUCACCAAAGCGAGAAAAUUUCAGGCCAUAUUACUCGGAACUGGAUAACACGGACAAACAGGAAACAUACGACGUCCUUCAUCCAUAUUUGGAACCCAUCUCAUCACGUGACAAUACGUAUCACUAUGUUAAUAAUAAAAUAAACUGAU